AUGUCCUACGACAGAAAAAGGCCAAUAAGCCCUCGUACCAUAGAUAAAGGGAAUAAUGGAGGAUUUGGAAUUGCUAAAUUGUUUAAUUUUUUGAAACCCAGAUCAUCACAACAAUACAAGCAACAAAAGCAGAGACAGAACCAAAUUCCAUCAAGAAACCAACAAGAUGCAUCGCAUAUAGAGACAGAUCCAUUGGUUAAUAAUUUUUCAUCCAGUAGAAAAAGAACAUUAUCGAUUCAAUCACUCCAUAAUAAUGAUGUUGUUCCACGCUCAUCUACUUUGAAUUCUAAUUUUGGAUCCUAUACAAACUAUUAUGAUAACUUGAAGAAUGAGAAUGAAGUAUUAGAUAAUGAUUUAGAAAGGAGAUUGAGCACAGAAUAUGGCAGUGAUUUAGUUAAGGAAAGUAUUCUUCCAACAAGUAAACCGGAAUUUCGAGAGAGAGAUGACUCGCCAAUGUCAGGUUUAAUGAAGCCUAGACCAUCAAUAUUACCCGAAAUCAAUGAAAAAGAAAAUCAUGAGGAUAUGCCACUUAUAAUAGAACACGAAUUUGCUCCACUAUACAAAGAUAGUGAUGGGAAUCUUGUUAGACCGCCGUUUAUAAACUUAGAUCCCAGGGAAAGGUAUCAUGUUUUGCAAUUAAAAAAGUCUAUCCAAGCUUCAGAAUCUUUACAGAAUAGAAUAAAGUAUAUGGUUAACCCUAACGAAACUCAAUCUAAACCACUUUAUGAGACGAACAAAGUUGAGACCUCGACACAAACUCAUGAUUUAAAUUAUUUAGAGAAUUCGUUAAAUCUUUCUGGGUUGAAGAGAAGACUACUGUCAAAGAAAGAAUGUACUAAGAAUAAAAGGGCAAAAAAUUCCAAGGGUUAUUUUACUGGAGAGUUUUUAUAUGAUGACAUUGAAAGCAAUGAAAAGUCUAAGGAUAAAUUACACGGAUAUCUUGGAGACGUGACUAAGCCUAAGUUUAAUAAUACUACAGCUAUAAGUAAGAAUGACAAAUCAGCAAGCGUACAACCUCGUAAAGAUGAAAGCCAAAUAUUCAAUAGGUUUAGUAACCAGAAUGUUAAAUCUACAGAUAAUAGAAUUGGACUUGAUAAUUCUUUAUUGAACAACGAAAAAGUAAACGUCUCGUUGGAUUCUGACUAUGUUACAAACGCAGAGAAGAUAUCAAAUAUAAUUAAAUUGAAAGCGGAUAGUUCAAAUAAACCAAAGGAAAAAGAGUUGGUUCAACCGAGCUCAGGAUUUAAAUUUUCUAUUAAUUCCAAUGAUAUUAAUUCUAUUAUUAAUAAGAAGCAGGAAGACGAUGAAUUAGUAAACAAGUCUAAUGAAACCUUAAACAAAGAUGGAGAUGGGACAAAACCCUCAUUUUCAUUCGGCGCUUCUGCAGAAAAGAAGGAUAACACAAAUCAGUCAUUAUUGUCUUUUGAUUCAUCUGGAGUGAAAAAGGACUUUUCAAGUGAACCGGCAUUUUCAUUUGGCGCUCGUAAUGAGCUGGAUGGAACAUCUGAACCAACGUUAAAGCGUGGUAGGGUUUCAGAAGAGAAAGGAGUGACAAAGCCUGCUCUCUCUUUUGGAAAACCUACUGAAAAGAAAGAUGAUUUGGCGAAACCAACGUUCUCUUUCGGCGAGUCCGCGGAUAAGAGCAAUGGGACAAGUAAACCAAAACUUUCGUUUGGUGCACCGUCUGAAAAUACUGAUAACAAUAAACCUCCAGUUUCCUUCGGAAGUUCAAGCGAAAAGGAUAAUUCAAAUAUUACGAAGACUACAUUUUCUUUCGGAGCGACAUCUGAUAAGAAAGAAGAUGUAAUGAAGCCGUCUUUAUCAUUUGGAGCCUCAGCGAACAAAAAUGAUGGUAUCCCUAAGCCGACAUUUGCUUUUGGUGCAUCUUCUGAGAACAAGGAUGACAGCAAUUCUGCUGGAAAAACAGACGAAAAAACGGAUAAUGCUAUCAAGCCUUCGUUCACUUUUGGAAUGUCGACUGAAAAGAACGAUACUCCUAAGCCAGCAUUUACAUUUGGAGCAUCUACAGAAAAGAAAGAGGAUACUACAAAGCCAGCAUUUACAUUUGGGGCUGGCACUGAUAAGAAAGAUGUUAUUCCUAAACCUACACUCACAUUUGGGGCUGGCACUGAUAAGAAAGAUGUUAUUCCUAAACCUACACUCACAUUUGGGGCUGGCACUGAUAAGAAAGAGGACACUACAAAGCCAACAUUUACAUUUGGAGCAUCUUCAGAAAAGAAAGAGGACACCACAAAGCCAACAUUUACAUUUGGAGCAUCUUCAGAAAAGAAAGAGGACACUACAAAGCCAGCAUUUACAUUUGGAGCCGGAACCGAGAAGAAAGAUGAUAGCCCUAAACCUGCGCUCACCUUUGGAGCUGACACCGAGAAGAAAGAAGAAACACCCAAACCUGCUUUCACAUUAGGAGCUGGUAGCGAGAAGAAGGAAGAAACAACCAAACCUGCCUUCACAUUUGGGGCGCCUAAAAUCAACGAGACUCCAAAUCCUGCGUUUACAUUUGGUGCCAACGAAAAGAAGGAGACAACACCAUCUUUUUCGUUUGGCGAGAAACCUGCUGGUGGCAUUGGUGCCCCAUCCUUUGGUGCAUUGAACCAAAAUAAGGACUCUGCACCCAAGCCAUUUGAGAAACCCACUGCACCAUUUGGAAGUGGAAGUACAACUCCAAACUUCAGUUUUGGAAGCAGAGAUUCUACUCCCAAACCAAAUUUCUCAUUCGCAAGCGGUACUGGUGCAAAUGCUAUGCCCUCGAAUGCACCACAGCCUAAUAAUUUAUUUAAUUUUACUGGGACUGUGAACAAGGAGGGAACUCCAGAUCCUGCGUCUAUAUUCGGGGGUGGUGCUAACAAUAUGAAUACGAGUAAUAUACAGAAUGGCGUAAACGGUUUGAAUAAAUCAGCUGAAUCUUCUCCAUUUGGAUUUAAUGCUCACCAGAGUACACCAGAUUUUAAAUUUGCAAAUGGUAUUCAACAACCCCAAUUUAAUUCUGGACUUCCAGCUGAUAUGAAUAACCAGAGCUUCAACUCAACAUCUGGAAUGACCCCUCCUACAUUAUCAACAACCCCUCCUAUUAUCAAGAGCAAUCGAAAAAUUGCCCAAAUGAGACUGAGAAGAAGAUGA